AUGGGUUUGGCAGCUAAGAGCUAUUCCUCACUUCUUUGUAUGUUGGUUCUUUUGACCACAAUCUGUUAUUCCCAAAGUAAUUAUGUGUCUUCUAGAGCAACCUUUUACCAGAGUCCUGAUAACUUAGGAACUCCAACUGGGGCUUGCGGGUAUGGUGAAUUUGGACGAAAAGUCAAUGGUGCCAACGUGGCAGGAGUUUCCAUGCUAUAUAGGAAUGGAUCUGGUUGUGGUGCAUGCUAUCAGGUUAGAUGCAAGAUACCCAAAAUUUGCAGUGAUGAUGGAGUGAAGGUAGUGAUCACAGAUUAUGAAGAAGGAGAUAGGACAGAUUUCAUCCUCAGCACUCGUGCCUAUGCAAAAUUGGCUGUUCCAAACAUAGCCUCGAAGUUGUUUCCUUUUGGCGUAGUUGACGUUGAAUACCAAAGAAUUCCCUGUCGGUACCCAGGUUACAACCUCAAGAUUAAGGUUCAUGAGUACAGCAAAUUUCCAGGAUAUCUGGCUGUGCUUCUUUUGUAUCAAGCUGGCAUAUAUGAUAUCACUGCUGUAGAAGUGUGGCAGGAAGAUGACCAAGAAUGGAAGUCCAUGAGGAGGGCCUUUGGUACAGUAUGGGACCUAGCCGGCCCACCAUCUGGUCCACUUUCAUUUAGGGCCCAAGUGAGUGGCAGCGGAGGCAGAAAAUGGGUGCAGAUGACAGAUGUCGUUCCCAGUGAAUGGAAGGCUGGGGUUGUGUAUGACACACCCAUUGAUCAACUGUCUUAAAUAAACCCCUACCCUGCAAACUCCCAAUCCUUAUAUGUAGAAUAAUUAUCAAAAAGUUGUAGACAAACUCCUAG